GGCUUCAACAAAACCACUCCAACCUUGAAGACUUGAAAUGUUAGGAGGGAAACAUGUUCGCGACAGAGGAUUUACAAAGUCAAGGUGAUGUGGACAGUAGAACCAUAACCAACAGCUUCACCUGGGCUCCAGCAGCCUCCAGCCCGGCCCGAGAGCGCCCUGGAGACGAGUGACGACUUUCCCCUUUCCGCUCCGGGCUGGGCACACUCCAGAAAACGCCUUCCCGAUUGCACAGCGUCUCUGCCCGACUCUGUAUCCCAGCCCGAGGGAGUCCCCUUGAAGAAGCGAAGAGACCAGGGCCCUUUCUCAUCAGACCAUGGCAACUGGCUCCAUGGUGCUUGGACUGGUGGUGGCGCCCAUGGGAUGGGUCUUGCUGCUGGCAGCCACGGUGACCCCGCAGUGGAGAGAAUUCUCCAGGCGGCCCGGCUUCCCGCGGGACGUUUCCUUCAGUGACGGUCUGUGGGAAAGCUGCGUGGAGGUGAUCAGCGUGCCGGGCAGCGUGUGCCAAGCCAUCCCCCAGGAGACUGCCAUCUCCUGGCCCGUGCAGAUGCUGAGAGCACUCACUGUCAUCUCAGUGCUUACAGGGGUCCUGAGCUACUCUCUAGCCCACGUGGGGGUUCGCUGGUGGACAGACCCGCCCAACCCCAAGCUUACGGGAACUGCUGGACUCCUGCUGGUUCUCUCUGGAGCCAUGUAUCUAUGUGCCACAUCCUACAUGGCUUACAAAGUCCUAGAGAACAUGGCCAACCCUCAGACCCCUGCUGGGGACAAGUUCCAGCUUGGGACCUGUCUCUACCUUGGCUGGAGCGGCGGAGUAGCUGAGAUCUUGGCUGGGAUCUGCCUGGCCAUCAAUUUCCAAAGGAAGGAGGAAAGCAGCCCAGGGAAUGUGGCUGCUCCUUAUGAGGUGGAUUACUGAGGAGGGGCUCCCAGGCUAGCGCUGGGAGAGGAAACUGGGGGAGUUGGGGACUCUUCUCUGGGGGAUUA